ACGACGACGAACGAGGGUCUUUGCGUUUUUGGUUUCAAGGGAUAAGCAUUAUCCAUUCAACAAGACCGGCUUUCUUCCUUACACUGUCCUUGUUCAUUUCCUUUUUAUUGGUUGGGUUUGGGGCAUCCCUGCGCAUUCCGCUGAGUAAUUUGCUCGCGCAUUUUCAUCUCGUUUGAAUACACACACAUUCUUCUCGCCGGAGGGGCGGCGUUUUCUUUGGGGGCUUUAAGGAAGAAAAGUCCAACGGUUCAAAAAGCCCUUGUGUGUGUGUGUGUGUGUGUGCGUUUGGCGGGGGGAGACCUUUUUUUUCACCUAGAAAUCCGCUCACGCGCGCGUAAACUUCUUUUGUUCCUGCUGUCAAUUGGUAUCCCCCUUUUCCUUCCCUUGCUCCUUCCGCCCCCUUGUUGAGCUGGAACAAAAACGAGAUCUUGACCGACAAACCAAAAAGGUACGUUUCCCCGGGUUGGAACGACACAUGUUUUCGUCGUAAGGUCAAAGGGAGUUUGGGACGAGGGAGAAAAACCUCCGGUCGUUUCUUUUUUUUGUUCGUGUAUAUGUUUCUGGCUGGGAGGCAAGCCGGGGAAGGAACCAAAGGGCUUAUUCCAUUGAAUGUGACAAUUUAAAGGCUUUUCGGUACAAAACUGCCGUGUGUCCAUCCUUGAGUAUAUAUUCACGAACGCCUUAUGGACGGAUUGGAUCCUCUUGCAAAGGAUCUUCAUCGAUUCUCCGCCCACACCAUGACAAGCACCAACCGGCCAAUGUACCAACCUUUACCUCUGCACUCGGAUCCAUUCCUUAUCAACCGCAAACGCUCGUUCCAUGCAUCACAGGAGCACGAACUCGCUCAUUUGACACCUCUGAAACGCUCCUCUGUGCAGCAUCUCCUGAGCCAAUCCGAUCCCACCGUCAACAUCCGUACAGUGCAAAAAGUCGUUGGUGACGAUGCCCCGCGCUCACCGCUGGAGACGUUGGCCGCUGUUGCAACGUCACUCUUAUCGUUGGCUGAAGGCAAACCGCGAGACUUGCCCGAGUCUAUCGCCCGUGAAGUGCCUGUAGCAGUGCCCAACAAGAUGGCAACGUCACCUGGAGAAGGUGCUGCAAAUGCUGCAGAGAUUGGACUACAUGGACACCUUCCAACAACAACAACGAAACCUCCCAAUCAUCGGAUCUCCAAUGGUAGUCAUCGGUAUUUCGAAAAUCGUCCCUUUCAUCUACACGACAGGGAAACACCCUUUUAUCCCCAGAGCACCCGUCCCAUCGUCGACGGUCGCACACCUCAUCCAAUUUCUACAGGGCUGGGCCCUCCACUGCUUACACCCCCGGCUGCUGCACCUCCAGCUCCACAACCUAUCCAUGUGACCCCGAAUCGGAAUGCCGAUACCCACUGCAUACACACACCAUCGUCGAAUUACUCACCCGGAGCAGACCAAAGACGGAACUGCCAGUACAAAUCUCCAGACGUGAUCGACCUUACGCAUUGUGACGAUUUGAACGCUUACCACCAUGCACAACGAAACAAUGCUACAUACCCUCCAUCCGCUCCGCGUCCAGUCACCUCAGCGCCUUCCCAGAGCCUACACUGGUCAUCUGGCCGAACUCCUGCAACUCCGAUAAGGGCCCCCAGUAAGCCUCUCCAACCUACGGGUGUUAGCCGCACCGGGGAAGUGGGUCCGCAAGUGGGCACGAGGCUGGCAGCGUACGAAGCCUCCUUGCAUCGCUACGAUACACUUUACAGCAGGGUGAAAGGUGACAUGCAUCUGCGACGACAAGCUCCCAAUGUGCUGAUUUCUUACAUGAUACUUGAAAAGGAGGCAGUUAAAAAGAAGCAUGUACUAAACGGCCAUAUGCAUCCUCCCAAUUUGGUGCGGGUCUCGCAACCUGCAUACUAUCGCCAACCACCACCACCGCCCGAGCAACAGAAGCCGUAUCCUAGCCCAUAUCAAGGCCCCCCGUACCAUGAUGAAUCCGCAGAAUGGCGGCACCGCAAACCCGAUCCACGCACCCUUCCACCCACGCAUCACUUUCAACCCCGCCCUCAACCUCCGCCCCGCCCAUCCAACUACCCAACGUAUGCGCCCUACACACCGACAUCAACAUACAGCAUCCAGGCACAGCCAUCCACUCGGUACCCGCCCGCCAUACAACAGCCAUACCAGUUUUCGUCUCCAACCUAUCAACGACCUUUACCCGACUACCCGCAACCCAAACGCCUGAAACCUUCGUAUGAUGGGUAUCCACCGGCACCGCACCAUCCGCCGGGACCUAGUGGGCGCUAUUAUCCUGCAAGAGGAGUAUGUGAUUGGCGGGCCUGAAGAGAGGGAAUAGAGGAAUGUUGUCUCGUUUAGAGAAAUGAUCAGACAAUUGCUGUAUGAUUUUGUUUUUGCACGGAUAUCCUUGUCUUUUUGAAAGACUUUUGCAUGGCAGCAAUUUUGUUUUUUUUUUUCUUGAUAGAGUAAAUAUCUUGUAGCAUUU